CCGGCUGGGACUCGGUGUCCCGGCGUGCCCCGCGGCGGGAAGCGCGGGCGGCCGCUGCGAGCAGGCGCUGGGCCCGCGCCGUCCCGGGGUACGGGCCGCUUCCCUGCCGCGUCCCCGCCGGUUCGCGCUGUGGGCUCUGGGACGGCGGCAGGUUGGCGGCCUCCCGGGGCGGCGCCGAGCGGGAGCGGCGGUGGGGUGGCCCCAGGCGCCCCCGUGUCGAGGAGGAAGGCCGCACGAAGACGCGCAGAGUGUAUUUGAGUAAGACCAGGAUGGAAAAGUCCAAUGGGGACCUGCCCAUCCAGAGAGACGCCAUCCUAUCUGAGCUGUGCUGCGAGCACGUCACCGGAACGCACUUGGUGGAAGUGCAGAGAUCUUUGGUGGCUUUAACUGACCCUCAGGAGGGAGAGCUGACUCAGUCUCAGGAGAAAGCACUGAACUCACUGGGCAUUUGGCAAACCGUAUUUGCAGCUGCCCCUGGGCCUGCACCAAAGGCCCCAGCGAAGUGACAGCUUGACGAUGGCAGAUCAGGAUGCAGGCGAGCCCUUUCGGGGGUUGGUGGCUGGUGGUGCCACGGACUAUGAAGGCACUCUGCCCUCAGACACAGCGUCGCUCAGCGAUUCAGAUUCCGAUGAUUUGGGGUUAGCGGAUGAAGCGGAAGUUGAUACGAUAUCACCUGAGGAGCCAUCUGUAGAUGAUGGGGAUUACAGAUCCAGGGAGACUCCCGACUCUCUGCACAGCAGUCGCAGAUCUCCUGUCCAGCCCUUCCAUCUGAGGGGCAUGAGUUCUACGUUCUCUCUCCGUAGCCAGAGCAUUUUUGAUUGUCUGGAAGAGGCAGCCAAGUUGUCUGUGCCCUCGAUGCCUGAAGAUAACAUUGUUGAUGGGAGGUUUAAGCGUCCCUUGCCUCCCAGCACAGCCUCAGGUAACGUGGUUCCACAAAGCCUGGGAAAGCAGGCCAAAGCUGUGCAGGCUCCCAGAGCCUCUCCUGCCGUGCCUGACUACGUGGCACACCCAGAGCGCUGGACCAAAUACAGCCUGGAUGGUGUUUCAGAGUCUAGUGACCAGGCUAACCAGGCCGUGGCCAUGGAAUUUCUAGAGGAUCUGAAGAAAAGAGGGGAGAAACAAGAUGGCUAUACCCCGUACUUCAACCAGGACCCUUCCAGCUGUGGGGCUGGGAGGAUUGUCUUCACCAAACCAGCAAAAAGGGGCGUUGAUGGACUGGAAAAGAAAACAUCCGCAGGGGAGGAUCCUAGGAAACACAUGAAAACAGAUCUGCAAGGAAAAUGUCUGAAGACGACUGAUGACUUGAGGGAGGAGAAGAUAGAGCUGGGGCACCUGGGUGGUGGGAGUGGAAAGGUGACAGAGGAGGAGGAGUGUGUGAUGCCAGGGGACCUCAGUACAGAAGGUGCAAGGUUUGGUGGUGCAGGUGAAGAGCCAUCGGUGGAAACGGUUGGAUUCCAUUGCAGUAAGAAGAAGAAUAGGAAAAAUUUCCGGCCUAAAGUAGACGGUGAAGGGGAGGAGGAGGAGUCCUGAAGGAUGUAGCACAUUGGAGACAUCCAAGGACUUGUAUUGCCUUUGGAUGUAUUUUGGUUUUUUCCUCUGAAUUUUUUUCUGGUCUGGAAACCCUGUGAUAGCUUUUUGUCUCAUGGUUUGCAUCGUAGCCGCCAAGAACACCUUCCAUUGUUGGAUAAAACACACUCCAGGCUUCUUAUUUGGGAGACAUCUGAGCACGGGAUAGCUGCAUCCUCGCAGGAGAGCACGAGGUGUGCUUUGUUUGCUGCAGCGGCUGCCUGGGGCUUGCUGUGCCGCUGAAGUGGCCAAGGAAGAAGUGAAGGCUCAAAGGCUGCAAGGCAUCCUAUUAACCCCGGUGUCUAGAGCUGUUCCCAAAUCCUGUAGAGCCUUUGAACAAAGGUGACGAGCUCAUUAAGUAGAGAUUUUUAAGCAAUGAAAAUAAAGCCUAGUCUGCCACUAGAUGUGACUUCUUCUGGCCCCGUCCCGGGCAGGAAAACCUUUGCUUUUUAGUACAUCCCUCUCUCUUACCAUCGAGGGUGCAAGAACAACAGCGCCCAGCUGUGAUCUGGAGGGCCCAAGUAGGAAUGGGCAAACCCAGUAUUAUUUUUAAACGUUGGAUUAAUAUUUACCUUAUUUAGCAUCACACAAUAAGGAUUUUAAACCCCUUCCUGCGGAGGGGUACAACUGUGGAUGCGUCCUGGUGGGGACACGCUCAGGGUGGCUUCAGUGGCAUCUCACCAUGUUGGGUGUUGGUCAGAACUUGCAACAGCUUCUGCUGUGAAGUUGGGCAGCAGCUCUGCCUCAGGCGGGCGAUUCUUGGCCUGCACACCCGUAUGUGUGCCGGCAGUGCUGCUCCCGUGCUGGCUGCGUGCGGGUGUGCUGGGAGUGCGGGGCUUAUGCUGCCGCUGGGUACUUUUUGUACUUUGGGAUUCAAUAAACUUGCAGUUGUAGCUUGA